AUGAAGCAAGUUAAAUUCGUCCCACACCAAUCUCAAUGGACCGAUGAAGAGUUUCAAGCCAUGGUUGAAGGCGUUGAGAACGACAUAGACGGCGAACUUGAAGGAGCUCAAACCACAAUUGCAACCAAAAUUGCACAAGUCAAGGAACAGAUAGCUCCACUUAAAGCUACCAAAGCUACUCUUGACCUCAUGGAUAGUUACCGUUUAGAAGUAAAGA